AUGCUGCUGCCCUCGCCCUGCGCCCGCAACGCCACCGCGCCCUGGCCGCCCGGCGGCUCCCCGACGGCGGGGGGCGCGGGGUCCGGGCCGGGGCCGGGGGCGGUGGCGGCGGGCUGCCUGCUGUCGCUGCUGGUGGCCUGGACGCUGCUGGGCAACGGGCUGGUGUGCGCGGCCAUCGUGGGCUGCCGACGCCUGCGCGCCAAGGUGACCACCAUCUUCGUGGCCUCGCUGGCCGUCUCGGACCUGCUGGUGGCCGUGCUGGUCAUGCCCUGGAAGGCGGCGGCCGAGGUGGCGGGCCGGUGGCCCUUCGGCGGCGCCUUCUGCCGCGCCUGGGUGGCCUUCGACAUCAUGUGCUCGACGGCCUCCAUCCUCAACCUGUGCGUCAUCUCGCUGGACCGCUACUGGGCCAUCUCCAGCCCCUUCCGCUACGAGCGCAAGAUGACCCCCCGCCUGGCCCUGGCCAUGGUCGGCCUGGCCUGGGCCCUGGCGCUCCUCGUCUCCUUCCUGCCGGUCCAGCUCGACUGGCACCGCGGCCCCGACGGGACGGCCGCCUCCGGCAACGCCAGCCACGACGCGCCCGCCCCGCGCUGCGACGCCAGCCUGAACCGCACCUACGCCGUCUCCUCGUCGCUGAUCAGCUUCUACAUCCCGGUGGCCGUCAUGCUGGUCACCUACAGCCGCAUCUACCGCAUCGCCCAGGGCCAGAUCCGGCGCAUCUCCUCCUUGGAGCGGGCGGCCGAGCGCGCCCAGAGCUGCCGCGGCAGCCCCCGGCCGGCCGGCGCCCCCUCGACGCCCCUGCGGGCCUCCCUGCGCCAGGAGGCGCGCGUCCUGAAGACGCUGGCGCUGGUGGUGGGCGUCUUCGUCUGCUGCUGGCUGCCCUUCUUCGUGCUCAACUGCCUGGUGCCCUUCUGCGGCCGGCCGCCCUGCGUCAGCGACGCCACCUUCGACGCCUUCGUGUGGGUCGGCUGGGCCAACUCCUCCGUCAACCCCAUCAUCUACGCCUGCAACGCCGACUUCCGCAAGGUCUUCGCCGGGCUGCUGGGCUGCGGCCACCGGCGGGCCCCCGCCGCCCUCGAGACGGGCAACCUCAGCCACGAGCUCCUCUCCGGCCCCCACCCCCCGCUCCCCGGGCCCCGACGGCUGCCCUCCGCUUGCCUGGGAGGGAGCCCCGGUGCCCUGGCUGCGCGCUCCUGCCCGGGCACCGCGCCCCAGUCGCCCGAGCCCUCCGACGGCGAGCUGGACUUCUCGCUCGAGGCCCCGCCCCCCGGCCCCCCGCACGGCCUGCUCUGAGCGGCCCCGGAAGGGCCAGGGGGUGGUGGAGUGAACCUGCAGAAAGGGCUCCGGGCCUCUGCUGUGGGCGGCGCUUGGGUGGGCAGCAGCGAUUCAGUUGGCUGGCAGGGAAGCUGGCUGGUGAAAGGGCGGCAGAACUGGGUCCCUUUUCCCAAGGCCAGCCGGUAGGAUUUGGGGUUUGUUGUGCUGGCAGAAUGGGAGCCAGCUGGACCAGAGAGCGCCCCCCUCCCUCCCUCCCUCCCUCCCCCCCACACACAAGGUUGUCCUCCUGCUCAACUGGUCGGUGGCUCCCCACGGGGAUGUUGGCUCUGCUGUUCUCACCUCUGGAGUUCCUGAAAAUGAAAUAAACUGAAAGUGGACGGGACUGUGGUGGAUUUGAACUGAGCAACUGGGAGAAGAAGGGUUGAGGGACAAUCGUGGAGAGGGGGGCUCUCCUGAAGAAGCCCCCCCCCCCCAAAGAAGGAGGAGACAAGCAGGCGUUCUCAUACAGACUGAUCCCUACUGGAUCAUUUCCUGUAGUGACCCUCUUCAAGGAGCAGUUUAAGGAUUCUGUCCUGUGCAUCAUUACUUUGGAGCCAACCCCACUGAGAACUGUGGAGUUUUCUUCUGAAUAAACUCGAACCAAACGGUAGGCGCGUUGAGGUCUUCUUUUGAUAGAGGCCUCCAAAACAUUCUGUGCAUCAGACCCCCUCUUCUGCAUCCUGAAAUGCAAACACAGCUGGCUGUCAUUUCUGCUGACAAAAUGCUGGUUGGUAAUUAUAAGGUAGUCUUCCCUUGACAGUAUUUACCAAACUGCAGGUUACAGGCUUAUAAUGCUAGUAAUUUUCAAACAACAAAGUGCUGUGCAAUGAUUUCCAUAUUUGCUUGUAAAUAUAUCUUAUUGUGUUAUUCUUUUGGGGGGACAAAAAGAUGAAAUAUUUAUAAUUACAGUAAAACGCGGCCACACAACAGCAGCAGCAACAACAGCAACAACUUUAAACUGCCUUUUCAGUUUCUCAUGACCCAAGAAAGAACAUUAAGGCAACUUCUGAAGUGCCUGUUUUGAGGAACGUAGCCAUACAUGUAGUUUUUGUUAGCUGGACUGUAUUUUAGUGAUAAGGCAGAAAUUGAAUCCAACAUUAAAUCCAGUCAAAGAGUCACACUGACAUACAAGUAAGCCUUCACUCACCGAGGCUUACUUCCAAGUAAACAUACAUAGGAUCCAGCUGUUCUCUUAGGUACUGAGAAGUAUAUCUCAUUGAAACAAACGGCUUCAGUCGCAUUUAUGAACACACGAAUCAGUCUGCUGGCCCGUCAAGCUCAGAAUUGUCUAUUCAGACUGGCAGUGGCUCUCUGGCAUCUUGGCAAGAGGCUUUUCACAUCACCCACCACCUGCUUUCAGCUGGUGAUGCCAGGAACCGUCUGCACCCAAAGAUGAGGCACGGCCCCAUUCCUUUGCGAGACAGCCAUAAAUGAAACACCCAAACUGAAAGGAUG